AUGGUUUGGGAAAAAUUAGAUAUGUCAACAUAUCCUGUUGAAAGCAUUAGAAACUUCAGCAUUAUAGCUCACGUAGAUCAUGGCAAAAGUACACUGGCAGACAGAUUGUUGGAGAUCACAGGAACAAUCGCUAAAACUGACCGUAAUAAGCAAGUGCUGGAUAAACUGCAAGUGGAACGUGAAAGAGGAAUUACAGUUAAAGCACAAUCUGCAUCUCUCUUUUACAAUCAUGAAGGAGUAAAUUACCUUUUAAAUCUUAUUGACACGCCAGGCCAUGUAGAUUUCAGCUAUGAAGUAUCACGAUCACUGUCUGCCUGUCAAGGUGUCAUACUUGUAGUGGAUGCAAAUGAGGGUAUUCAGGCUCAGACAGUGGCAAACUUCUAUCUUGCUUUUGAAGCACAGCUUGCAAUAAUUCCUGUCAUAAAUAAGAUUGACUUGAAGAAUGCAGACCCUGAAAGAGUUGAAAAACAAAUUGAGAAGCUGUUUGAUAUCCCUAUAGAGGAGUGUGUAAGGAUUUCUGCUAAACAAGGAACAAAUGUUGAAAAAGUUCUUCAAAAAGUCAUUGAGAAGAUUCCACCACCCCAAUGUAAUACUGUUGAUCCAUUGAAAGCCUUAGUAUUUGACUCCACCUUUGACCACUACCGAGGCGUAAUAGCUAACAUUGCACUCUUUGGUGGAGAGAUUCAGAAAGGGCAUAAAAUUGUGUCUGCGCACACAAAGAAAAGAUACGAAGUUAAUGAAGUUGGAAUUCUGACUCCAAAUGAACAGCCAACACAUACGCUAUAUGCUGGACAGGUGGGCUACCUGAUUGCUGGAAUGAAAGAAGUAACGGAAGCCCAAAUAGGAGACACACUGUUUUUGUAUAAACAGCCAGUGGAGCCUUUGCCUGGCUUUAAGUCAGCGAAGCCAAUGGUUUUUGCAGGAAUGUAUCCUGUAGAUCAAACAGAAUAUAAUAAUCUCAAAAGUGCAUUGGAAAGGCUGACAUUGAAUGAUUCCAGUGUAACUGUUCAUCGUGACAGCAGCCUUGCCUUAGGAGCUGGAUGGAGGUUGGGUUUCCUUGGUCUUUUACAUAUGGAAGUUUUUAAUCAACGUUUGGAGCAAGAGUAUAACAUGUCUGUUAUUUUGACUGCACCUACCGUUCCAUAUAAAGCUAUUCUUUCCUCAGCAAAGUUGAUAAGGGAGUAUGGUAAAGCAGAGAUUACUAUUAUCAACCCUGCUCAGUUUCCUGAUAAACUUUCAGUAUCUGAAUAUUUAGAGCCAACUGUUCUUGGUACUAUUGUAACACCUCAUGAAUAUAUUGGGAAAAUAAUUGCUUUGUGUCAGGAUCGUAGGGCUGUCCAGAAGGAUAUGUUGUACAUUGAUGAACGAAGGGUUAUGCUAAAAUACCUGUUUCCACUGAAUGAAAUUGUGGUGGAUUUUUAUGAUGCUCUUAAGUCUCUGUCUUCUGGUUAUGCAAGUUUCGAUUAUGAAGAUGCAGGAUACCAGGAAGCAGACCUUAUCAAAAUGGAUAUUCUUCUAAAUGGAAAUCCAGUUGAAGAACUGGCAACGAUCAUACACAGUGAUAAGGCAUAUGCCACUGGUAAACUCCUGUGUGAACGUUUAAAAGAUGCCAUACCUAGACAGUUGUUUGAAAUAGCCAUUCAGGCUGCUGUUGGCAAGAAAAUCAUUGCAAGAGAAACGCUGAAAGCUUACAGAAAAAAUGUUGUGGCAAAAUGCUAUGGUGGAGACAUUACAAGAAGAAUGAAGCUUUUAAAGAGGCAGGCAGAAGGGAAGAAGUUGAUGAGAAAAAUUGGCAACGUGGAAGUACCAAGAGAUGCCUUUAUACGUGUUUUAAAGAGACAAACUGACAAAUAG